AUGAUCCAGAAUGGGGUGGGACCUGUUGAAGUUGAAGCAUUCCAGAAUUCAAUCUCAGACUUGGGGAAGAAGAGUGAGAAGCUUUCUCAAGGAUUAGAUGUUCUUGCAAAGGAAGUGGAUGGCUUCUUCCAUAUUGUUUUGAUCGGAUGUGAUGCUUUGCUUUUCAACUUAAGAGUGG